AUGCUCGAGGUGGGAGACGAGGAUACCACCGCCAUGAAAGCCGAUUCUGUGCCAGUAUCAAUCCGUCAACAGGUUUCGACUGCGCCUUCUGAGCGAUCGAUAUGGACAUCUGUGCAGGACGAGACAACCUUCCGGCAAGCAGCUGUCGACUUAGCCUUGACCACAAGCGAGUGUCCCUGGGAUGCAGACAUUGGCCUACCACCACUCCCAGGAGCACCCCACAUUGGCGACUACAUCGAUGUUCCCCAGCCACAGCCUGAGCGCGAGGAUAAAUACAUCUUGUCGGAACAAAUCGAACAUCGGCUAGCUAAUGACUUUGCGCUAAUCGCCGCGUCAAGAGAGGCGGUCUUCAGCGUUACAGCAGCAUGCGUAGAGGAGCACGCAGAUACUGGCGGUCAUCUCAAAGGCCUAAAGCUUUGGCUAGCAGCGAAUGAAGGCGUCAGUGAAGAGUUGAAAGAUAGCUUGACAGAUAUAUGGGAUUGUCUGUCACACUCCACAUCUGAAGCCGAGACGCUCGGAAAAGUCUUUGCGAAAAUUGUCUAUCUCAACAGACUCCGCAUUUAUCAACGCGUGCGGAAAGCAGUCGGGCAUCCGCCCAUUUUCCGGGAAAAAGGCAGAACAAGGACCAAUCCGGAUGACAAGUUAUCUCGAGCGUUCUCGCGAAUGCUCAAGUCGCACACAAAGGGCAGCUCUCAACGCCUAACCGCGCAGGGUCAUGAACUUGUCAGGCGUGGGAUCGCUCUGAACGUAAAUUUGUUGGCCCUGCUUGAGAGUCUGAGUGUCGACGAGAUAGAGCAUGGCUCCGACGAUGUGUUGGGACAGCUAGAGGGCAUUUCCAAGGAAUGUUUUAAUGUCACCACAGACGGUGGAAGAGUGUCUUUCAAGCACCUGCUCGUUGAAAGCGGUCUUGAUGCUCGCAUCUGGUUGAAAAGCAAAUACGUUGGCGAAGUCGACAAGAUCGGUGUUUAUUGGCGUAUCACAAUGUCGCUGUUCAAAAUCCACGGCCAUAUUUCUCGAGGAAGACCUCAGGCUCUUCCGCCUCUCAAACUCGAAAUUGAAGGCGUACGACCAUACGUGUCUGUGAUCAAGGAACCCUCUAUACAAGGCCGUCCAAUGCCAUGCUACGUGCAUGCAGAAAUUCAACUCAUCACACAUCUCGUACAGCAAGACGCAAGAGCAGAUCUCAAUUCUUCAUCCACGCAACCGACAGUCUCACGCCGACCUCGGAUCAUAGGCGCUUCGAAGAGUGCCUGCUUCCUCUGUUUCCUCUUCUUGAACUGUUACCAAGGCCCAAAAGCACCUGCUACACAUGGUAGACUGUACGACCAAUGGACAGUACCUGAUCUGUUCGAGUACACAGCCACCCAUUCAGACCAUCUACGUCAAACCCUCAGGCUCAUGCACAUUGCAAUGGUCAGGCUGCGGGAGGACUAUUGUCUGAAAAAGCCGAGAGAUCACCCGAUGACGAGUCGAGUGGAUAUUGACCGAUUGUCUUUGUUCACCACGACCUCGGAGCCAGACACUUAUCCGCGAAGCGUCGGAAUGGAAUCGCAAGAUGAGGCAGGACUCAUUGGCAGGGCAUCUUCAGGAUACAUUAGACAUGAGGUACUCGAAGGGCCCUGUAUAAGCAUUGGAGCGUUUCGAGAAGCCGAAAGUUGCCCAGCAGACAACAUCAAACAAGAAGAGAAUGACCGAACACCCCACGAAGGGCAGCUCCAUGGCCUGCGAGCCCUUUUCGAAAAAUUGCGUAUCAAAAUGGGCAUUUGA